AUGGUCACCGUCGCCAUCGCGGGAGGAGGCUCCGCCCUCGCCUCCAACAUCAUCGCCGCCAUCCUCGCCACGAAGAAACACACCCUCGUCAUCCUCACCCGCUCCCCGCGCCCCGACCUCGAAGCCCAAGGCGCCAUCGUCAAGCCCGUGGACUACGCCUCCCACGCACAGCUCGUCCAAGCCCUACAGGGCGUCGACACCGUCUACAGCUGCAUCUGGGCGUACGGCCCCGCGAUCCAGACGGUGCAGCUCGCGCUCCUGGACGCCGCCAAGGAGGCCCAGGUGCGGCGCUUCGUGCCCUCGGAGUGGUCCGUCCCCGCGUACGACGCCGUGGCGUACUACAAGCCCAAGGAGGCCGUGUGGGAGGCCGUCAAGAAGUCUGGGCUGGAGCACACGCGCUUCAUCACGGGCAUCUGGAUGAAUGUCUGGGGUGUCGGGGCGCCGCGCGACGAGGAGGGUGCGCGGGCGGGAUACGCCGGCCCGGCGUUUCUCGCGGACAUCAAGGCUGGCAGCAUCACCAUCCCCGGGGACGGUACGGGCAAGAUCAGCACGACGCACAUGGUGGACGUCGGCAGGUAUGCUGCCGCGGCAUUGGACUUUGACAAGUGGGAGCCGGACAGCGUGGUUGUCGGGGAUGAGUUUACGGUCAAUGAGCUCGCGGACAAGAUUGAGCGGGUGACGGGCAGGACGCUGACGCGGGAUUACAUCUCGCUGGAGGCCAUCAAUGCGGUUCUUGCGGGGGGGCCGGAUCCGGGGACGCAGAUGAUUCAUGAGUUUUUCAAGUCCAUUGCUGAGGGGGGUCAUGCGCUGACGCCGAAUGUGAAUCAGAGGGUGCCGGAGGUUGAGCCCAUCAAGGUGGAGGAGUUUUUGAAGAAGCAUUGGGCUCCGUGA